GCACGGCUGCCGGUGAAGCGGGGCGCGAAAGCCUGCGUGACUCUUGGCGACGGCGACGAACUUGUCGGCGACCUGCGCGAGGAGGAGCUCGACGCGACCCGCGGCGUCGCAUUGCGAGGCUGCUGGUUGGACCUCGAGAAGGCCUUCAAUCAAAUCCGGAUCAAAAGAGCGCGCGCCCGGUUCGCCAUUUUCUGCGCGUGGGACCCGCGUUUGAAGGGAUUUCAGUUUUUCGUGGCGAAGGUCAUGUCUUUCGGCGCCAAGGCGAGCGUGCUGUCCUUCAACCAGGGCUGCGACAACGCCGGCGAGAUCGCGAAGCUCGUUUUCGAACUCCUGGGCUGGGUCGUCAAGGGCGAGGGCGACGAGGCCGUGGACUUCGGCUCGGUGCUCGAGACCCCGGGCGUUGAGAUCGACUUCGAGCACGCGGUCGGCGACGACAUAUCCAUCGUGAACAGGAGGGGUCGCGUCGAGGAGAUCGCGGAGGACAUCAG